UCACCCCUAGCGGCUGUGUAUAUAUAUAGUCCAUCCGGGUUCUUCGAGAUGCUGUUUGGCGACUCGUCGCCAUUCCCGGAGCAACUCAGCUUCGGCCCAGGGGCGAGUGUCCGUCGCUGUGUCGGAGACACUUGUCCCCGACACCAAGACAGCCAGCCCUCUCCCCUGCCCCGCGGCGGGAGAGCGUGUCCGGCAGGCCGGCCGGCGGGGCUCGCGCACCCUCCCUCACCUCCCCUUCCCCCGCAGCCUCCGCCCCGCCAGGCCCGGCCAGGAGUCCCGAGCCCCGGCCUCCUCCUCCUCCUCGAUCACCGCUGCCGCCGGGCUUAACAGCCCCGUCUGCCGCUUCUCUUUCUAAUUUGAGAAGCCAAGGAAGGAAACAGGGAAAAAUGUCGCCAUGAAGACCGAGAACCGCUGCCGCCGCCGACCCCCGCCGGCCCUGAACGCCAUGAGCCUGGGUCCCCGCCGCGCCCGCUCCUCUCCGACCGCCGUCGCCGCCGAGGCCCCCGUUGAUGCCGCUGAGCUCCCCCAACGCCGCCGCCACCGCCUCCGACAUGGACAAGAACAGCGGCUCCAACAGCUCCUCCGCCUGUUCGGGCAGCAGCAAAGGGCAACAGCCGCCCCGCUCCGCCUCGGCGGGGCCAGCCGGCGAGUCUAAACCCAAGAGCGAUGGAAAGAACUCAAGUGGAUCCAAGCGUUAUAAUCGCAAACGUGAACCUUCCUACCCCAAAAAUGAAAGUUUUAGCAACCAGUCCCGUCGCUCCAGUUCACAGAAAAGCAAGACUUUUAACAAGAUGCCUCCUCAAAGGGGCGGCGGCAGCGCCAAACUCUUUAGCUCUUCUUUUAAUGGUGGAAGACGAGAUGAGGUAGCAGAGGCUCAACGGGCAGAGUUUAGCCCUGCCCAGUUCUCUGGUCCUAAGAAGAUCAACCUGAACCACUUGUUGAAUUUCACAUUUGAACCCCGUGGCCAGAUGGGUCACUUUGAAGGCAGUGGACAUGGUAGCUGGGGAAAAAGGAACAAGUGGGGACAUAAGCCUUUUAACAAGGAACUCUUUUUACAGGCCAACUGCCAAUUUGUGGUGUCUGAAGACCAAGACUACACAGCUCAUUUUGCUGAUCCUGAUACAUUAGUUAACUGGGACUUUGUGGAACAAGUGCGCAUUUGUAGCCAUGAAGUGCCAUCUUGCCCAAUAUGCCUCUAUCCACCUACUGCAGCCAAGAUAACCCGUUGUGGACACAUCUUCUGCUGGGCAUGCAUCCUGCACUAUCUUUCACUGAGUGAGAAGGCCUGGAGUAAAUGCCCCAUCUGUUAUAGUUCUGUGCAUAAGAAGGAUCUCAAGAGUGUUGUUGCCACAGAGUCACAUCAGUAUGUUGUUGGUGAUACCAUUACGAUGCAGCUGAUGAAGAGGGAGAAAGGGGUGUUGGUGGCUUUGCCCAAAUCCAAAUGGAUGAAUGUAGACCAUCCCAUUCAUCUAGGAGAUGAACAGCACAGCCAGUACUCUAAGUUGCUGCUGGCAUCUAAGGAGCAGGUGCUGCACCGGGUAGUUCUGGAGGAGAAAGUAGCACUAGAGCAGCAAUUGGCAGAGGAGAAGCACACUUCCGAGUCCUGCUUUAUUGAGGCAGCUAUCCAGGAGCUCAAGACUCGGGAAGAGGCUCUGUCAGGAUUGGCUGGAAGCAGAGGGGAGGUCACUGGUGGUGUGUCUGCUCUGGAACAACUGGUGCUGAUGGCUCCCUUGGCCAAGGAGUCUGUUUUUCAACCCAGAAAGGGUGUGCUGGAGUAUCUGUCUGCCUUCGAUGAAGAAACAAUGAAAGUUUGUUCUCUGGAUGCUCCUUCUGGACCUCUUGCUCUCUCUCUGGUAGAAGAGGAGGAAGCAGUGUCUGAACCGGAGGCUGAGGGGUUGCCAGGGGCCUGUGAUGACUUGGAGUUAGCAAAUGACAAUCUUAAGGAGGGGACCAUUUGCACUGAGUCCAGCCAGCAAGAACCCAUCACCAAGCCAGGCUUCACACACCUCAGCAGCUCUCCUUGUUACUACUUUUACCAAGCGGAAGAUGGGCAGCACAUGUUCCUGCACCCUGUGAAUGUGCGCUGCCUGGUGCGGGAGUAUGGUAGCCUGGAGAAGAGCCCUGAGAAGAUCUCAGCAACUGUGGUGGAGAUUGCUGGCUACUCCAUGUCUGAGGAUGUUCGACAGCGUCAUAGAUAUCUCUCUCACUUGCCACUCACCUGUGAGUUCAGCAUCUGUGAACUGGCUUUGCAACCUCCUGUGGUCUCUAAGGAAACCCUAGAGAUGUUCUCAGAUGAUAUUGAGAAGAGGAAGCGUCAACGCCAAAAGAAGGCUCGGGAGGAACGCCGCCGAGAGCGCAGGAUUGAGAUGGAGGAGAACAAGAAACAGGGCAAGUACCCAGAAGUCCACAUUCCCCUCGAGAAUCUACAGCAGUUUCCUGCCUUCAAUUCCUAUACCUGCUCCUCUGAUUCUACUUUGGGUCCCACCAGCACCGAGGGCCAGGGGGGCCUCUCCCUUUCUCCUCUGAGCAGAAGUCCAGGUUCCCAUGCAGACUUUCUGCUGACCCCUCUGUCACCCACUGCCAGUCAGGGCAGUCCCUCAUUCUGCGUUGGGAGUCUGGAAGAGGACUCUCCCUUCCCUUCCUUUGCCCAGAUGCUGAGGGUUGGAAAAGCAAAAGCAGAUGUGUGGCCCAAAACUGCUCCAAAGAAAGAUGAGAACAGCUUAGUUCCUCCUGCUCCUGUGGACAGCGACGGGGAGAGUGAUAACUCAGACCGUGUUCCUGUGCCCAGUUUUCAAAAUUCCUUCAGCCAAGCUAUUGAAGCUGCCUUCAUGAAACUGGACACACCAGCUACUUCAGAUCCCCUCUCUGAAGAGAAAGGAGGAAAGAAAAGGAAAAAACAGAAACAGAAGCUCCUGUUCAGCACCUCAGUCGUCCACACCAAGUGACACUACUGGCCCAGGCUACCUUCUCCAUCUUUUUUUUUUUUUAAACCCCAUGCUUUUGUUUGGCUGCUGUAAUUUUUAAGUAUUUGAGUUUGAACAGAUUAGCUCUGGGGGGAGGGGGUUUCCACAAUGUGAGGGGGAACCAAGAAAAUUUUAAAUACAGUGUAUUUUCCAGCUUCCUGUCUUUACACCAAAAUAAAGUAUUGACACUCACAAGAGAUCUCUUCCUGCCAAGGUUUUUAGUUUGUUGUGAGUGUAGUCUUUUUGAACCAUGCGUAAUUAAUUUUUCUCAACCCAAAAUAAGAUUUGAGUCCCUUCGAUGUGCAUUAGGCUGUCCAGCCCAGAAUGGCACAGCACUGCUCUGCCGGAGCAUCGUGUCAGGGCUUUCUGGCCUCAGCACCUCUCUGUCUUUUAAAAACAGUUGAGUCCUUACUAUUUAGUUCUCCUUGUUAAAGCGGAGGUGUGGGAAUAAAAUGGAUUUAGGACACCCAGUUUGAAUUGCAGUUUAUUUUUCUUCUGACACAUGGCCAGGCUGUGGUGCCAGCUUAAUGGGGUAGGUUGUCCUUGGCAUUUGCAUGUGUGAAAGGAGGGUUUUGCCUCUUCUUGAGCAUGGCUUGCAUUGGCAAGGAAAGCUGUAACUCACGAAGGAAGCCCUGAGACCUGCUACCCCUAAGAUCGAGCUUGUUUUCAGUGAGAGUGGCUUGAGUCGUAGGAACAGGAGCCUGUACAGCUGGAUAAGAGCAGGGCCGUCUGAAGCUGUAGCAUUGCUGUCUCCCUUUGAUCUAGAGCAGUUUCCUUAUGCCUUGAUUUGAGCUAAUUUUGAUGUGAACUCUUUUGCUGCUUAAUAAAGUGAUCUCUAGGUGUAUUAGACUAUGAAGGCAAACGGUUGCAAUAAAUCACUUGCAUAAGCAA